AUGCCCACACACGGCUCCCCGGCGGCCGCACGCCAAGCCAAUGCCAGAGCCAGGCCAAGAGCAGGAGUCUCGGGGCCUGCCCACCGCCCACGUCCCGCCCAGCCUUCUGCGCCUGCUCCAGUGCAGGACCCAGCCCUGACCUCACCCCCCCAGAGCCCAGACUCCUAUCCACACACCAGCCCCCCCCAUUCACCUGGGGACAGGUGUCUUCCCCUGCAGCUCCCUCAGCAGCACCCAGGGCUCUUUGCAAAUGUCAGUCUGGUCAUGCUCCUGGCCUGGCCCCCAGAGGUGCUCCAGGCCCUGUAUCUGCUGUCCUCCUCCCCACACUGUCCUUUUGGGUUCAGGGUGGCAAGGCCGCCUCCCUGUCCCCAUACUUGUUGUUCUGCCCAUCUCUCUGGGCUGGGUCUCAAGCAGCUUGCUCCUGCCCCGGGGUUCCCUCUGGGUCUUUGCUCGGCUGGGCCUUCUCCUCACUCAGGUUCGGGCUCUACUGCCUCCCACCCCAGGGACCCCCUCCUGAAGCAACCCCCAAUCAUUGCCCAGGGACAUGCUGGCCACGCUCCCCUGUGCUGGACUCCCAGCUCCUAUCGCUCUUAG